CACCCUUGUGCGCAGGAUAACACACUCCGAGCCCGAGCAGCAGCAGAAGCCGCCGCGAGCCAAGAAAUGGAGGCCGCGGCAGCCAUGGCGACCAUCUCCGCUUCUCCCUGCUCACCCUCCUCCUCCUCUCCGCCGUCCCUUUUCCUCGCUCCCAACUCGUGCUGCUGGAAGGCGGCGCCAAGAGCUACCGUCCGCGCAUCGGUGGCGGCGGCCCAGCGGACGCUCUCCUCCCGGUGGGAGCUGCCCGGGCCGUCGGCGGCACGGCCUGCCGCAAGGAAGCCGCGCCUCGAGGAGCUGGACACCACCAACAUGCUCCUUCGGCAGCGCAUCGUCUUCCUGGGAUCUCCGGUGGAUGAUAUGAGUGCUGAUCUUAUCAUCAGCCAACUCUUGCUGCUGGAUGCUGAGGAUCAAACCAAGGACAUCAAAUUGUUUAUUAACUCACCUGGAGGUUCCAUAACAGCAGGAAUGGGAGUUUAUGAUGCCAUGAAAUUUUGCAAGGCUGAUAUAUCAACUGUCUGCUUUGGACUGGCCGCUUCCAUGGGUGCAUUUUUGCUGGCUGCUGGGACGAAGGGGAAGAGAUUUUGCAUGCCUAAUGCGAGAAUUAUGAUUCAUCAACCUUCAGGGGGUGCGGGUGGGAAGGUCACAGAGAUGGGAUUACAGAUACGAGAGAUGAUGUACGAGAAGAUAAAGAUCAAUAAAAUAUUGUCAAGAAUCACUGGGAAGCCUGAAGAGCAGAUUGAUGAGGACACGAAGUUCGACUAUUUCAUGAGCCCUUGGGAAGCCAAGGAUUAUGGCAUAGUUGACAGUGUCAUAGAUGAAGGGAAGCCGGGAUUGGUUGCUCCUUUGGCAGGAGCUGUGCCACCUCCAAAAUCACGCGUGUGGUACUUGUGGAACGCUUCAGGACCAACUAGAAAAAUCAUGAAAAAUCUACCUUCGGAGGAGAAGCUCAUUCAAAACGGCAAUGGCAGUGCAAGUGGGGACGAUGGCAAGCUCAAGGAGGCCUCAGCAACUUGAGGUAUGUCUGUCUGCCAGGUUACGCUGUCGCCAUUGGUCUAUGAUCAAAGGAUAGAUCGGCUUGCUAUGUUAGCUUAAUUACAGUGCACAACUUUGCAUUUCUGCUUCAUCAAUUGAUUACGCACAUUGUGAAGCUUUAGAAAAGAAUGUCCAGUAGCUGUAGGGCUCCUUAAUUUCAUAGGCUGCAAGAAACGUUCUUCCAGUGCAAUGACUAAUAUGUACAUUGUUUUGUUUUCA